GCCUUCUAUGACAACUGGAGCCGCCUCCGAUGUUUCCCAGAGCCUCCCAAAACAAACUGGCUCUUGGGUCACCUGAGCCUGGUCCUGAACACAGAAGAGGGUUUGAGGGAUCCAGCCGCCAUUGUACGGAAGAAUAGUAUCCUCUACGGCUUCAUAAAGCCCUGGCUGGGGGAGGGGCUCCUGCUGAGUGCCGGUGACAAGUGGAGCCGCCACCGUCGCAUGCUGACUCCCGCCUUCCAUUUCAACAUCCUGAAACCCUACGUGAAGAUUUUCAACGACAGCGUGAGCAUAAUGCACGUAAGUCCCUUGACACUGGGGUCCUACAGGUGCUCAGACAGUCUGUUCUGGAGCGGGAAGCCCAGUGAAUACAUUGCCGCCAUCCUGGAGCUCAGUGCCCUUAUACAAAAAAGAAGCCGGGACAUCCUCUCGUACAUGGACUUCCUGUACUAUGUUACCCGCGAUGGACAGCGCUUCCGUCAGGCCUGCCGCCUGGUGCACGACUUCACAGAUGCCGUCAUCCAGGAGAGACGCCGCACCCUGCCCAGUCAGGGUCUUGAUGACUUCCUCAAGGCCAAAGCCAAGACCAAGACUUUGGACUUCAUUGAUGUGCUCCUGCUGAGCAAG